AUGUCUGACACAGAAGCUCCAGUUGAAGUUCAAGAAGAGUUCGAAGUUGUUGAAGAAUUCACUCCAGUCACCUUGGCUACUCCAAUCCCAGAAGAGGUUCAAAGAGGUUCCACUGAAAUUAAGUUGUUCAACAAGUGGUCUUUUGAGGAUGUCGAAGUGAAGGACCCAUCCUUGGUCGACUACGUCCAAAUUAGACAACCAAUCUUCGUUGCUCACACCUCCGGUCGUUACGCCAACAAGAGAUUCAGAAAGGCUCAAUGUCCAAUCAUCGAAAGACUAACCAACUCCAUGAUGAUGAACGGUAGAAACAACGGUAAGAAGUUGAAGGCCGUCAGAAUCAUUAAGCACACUUUGGAAAUCAUCCACAUCUUGACCGAACAAAACCCAUUGCAAGUUGUUGUUGACGCUAUCACCAACACUGGUCCAAGAGAAGACACCACCAGAGUCGGUGGUGGUGGUGCUGCCAGACGUCAAGCCGUCGAUGUUUCUCCAUUGAGAAGAGUUAACCAAGCUAUUGCUUUGUUGACCAUCGGUGCUAGAGAAGCUGCCUUCAGAAACAUCAAGACCAUUGCUGAAACUUUGGCCGAAGAAUUGAUUAACGCCGCCAAGGGUUCUUCUACUUCUUACGCUAUCAAGAAGAAGGACGAAUUGGAACGUGUCGCCAAGUCCAACCGUUAA